AUGUCUGCCACAGUAAACUGCGAAAUCAUUCUUCUAUCGCUGACUUCGGUGUCAUCCUUCUCGGAUAUCUUGGCUAAAUCCGACGUGAAGCCCUUGACUACCGCCAAAGUCGCACGGUGGAUCAUCCCACCGACAGUGCUGUCAGUCGAUGCAUUGACACAGACCGAAUGGGAUCUGGUACUAUGUUCCCCACUGCCGGUCUCUAUUCCAGAUGAGUGUCGGCCUUUUAUCCAGCGGUCAUGGAGCGCGACAUUCGCUGCGCCCGCGGAGCUCGUUUCGUCGUAUACUUCCAUCUUCACUAGCCUGGCAAGCAAUAUCCCCGCGCGCACAAAGCAUAUGGACCAAGUUACAGGUAGUGAUGAGGGGACUUCACUCUCAACAGAAUCGAUGCAUGUUCCGAUCGAAUUGCGGAAUUGGAUGACCACCUUCUCGGACACAAAUAAUCAUCCGCCCGUCAUCAUGCUCAACUUAAUGGCCUUCAAAGACGUCCAAAAAUACGGUGGGUACCGCGAAGCACUCUCAAGAGGUGUCGGUAAACGCCAUGGCCUCAAACCUUUACUCUUUGGACAGGUGACAAAAUGCUCUUCGAUUACGCUCGAAGGCGGUCCGGAAUGGGAUUUGGUUGGCUUGAUCUACUAUCCCUCCGUACUCCAUUUCGCGGAUAUGCUGGCAGAUGAAGAGUACCAGGAGAUUAGACGAAAAUACCGUCUCGGUCUUGCAGUGGCCGAAAUCCUCGCUAGUGAGCAUGGUUAUCAUGUCAUCAUAGGCUCUCGAAACGCAGAAGCAGGCCAGCAAGCUGCAGCAAGCAUAUGCAAAGAGCGCCAUUCCGCCUCAAGUGUUCAACUAGAUCUCAACUCUGAAUCGUCAAUCAACGCAGCCAUCCAGACAAUCGAACAGGAAUUCGGAUUCCUUGAUAUCCUGGUGAACAACGCAGCGGUUUUUUCUGAUGUCAUUCCCUGGAUAGAUAGACCGACUUUGGGCGCCUACGAGCUCUUCAGCACUACGUUCGCGACGAAUGUCGUCGGCACGGCUGUCUUAACCGAGGGACUCUUGCCUCUACUACGAAAGGGACAGGCGAAGCCGGGACGCAUAGUUUUCGUCACGGGGAGACUGGCUAGCAUGGCUUAUGCAAUUGAGGAUAAGAAGAGAUUUCCCGAUUGGAAGGCAUACAGCGCUAGUAAGGCUGCAGUGAACAUGCUGACGCUCAGAUAUGCCGAACAGUUGGAGGACGAUGGGAUUAAAGUAAAUGCUGUGGACCCCGGCCUCGUGGACACGGAUCUGUCUGGACAUAUAGAGGGUGCUUAUCCACCAGAAAUCGGUGCCAUAAGUACUGUGCGAAUGGCUACUCUGGGAGAGGAUGGAGCGACUGCUACAUUCACUGACAGGGACGGACCGCUCCCGUGGUGA